AUGAGAUCAGCUGAAGCAUUCCCAAAUCUCGAGAAGCUAGAUAUUGGAUGGUUCUCAUCAUUAGCACUACCACCACUCUCAACAUCUCUCAAAAAGUUGAAAAAAUUGAAAUGCGGCAGCUUAAAUCUGGCUUCAUUGUCGUCUAAGCUGGAAACUCUUACUGAUCUGACCGUGCACUUCACAAAUACGUGCAAAUGUAUUACAGUUGAGACACUUGAAAGCCUCGCCAAUCUCAAGAAAUUGGAGAUUUGGGAAGCAGAUGAGCGGUCUCUGCCGGAAGAAGGGAUGCGAGCCUUGAAAUCUCUUACAAGUUUGUCCGUAAAUUAUUGUCGGAAACUGAUGGGGGGUUUGCCUCAAGGGUGGCUGCGACACCUCACUGCUCUGGAGGAACUAGACAUAUUUCAAUGCGACGGAGUUGUUGAGCUGCCAGAUGAGGUUAGAUACCUCAAAUUCCUUGCAAAAGUCGAGCUCAAAAGUCUUCCAAAGAUGGUGUAUCUACUCAAGGCAUUGCAACACCUCUCAUCCUCACUCCAGUGUUUGUUCCUAUCCACUCUUUGUGAGCAGAGUUCACUGCCGGAAUGGUUGGGAGAUUUCACGUCUCUUGAAGAGUUGACUAUUUCAGAGUGCCCAAAGGUAACAUCACUUCCAACUAGAAUCCGGGGAAUGACAAAUCUCCAAUUCAUGUUAGUGAUGGAAUGCCCGGAAUUGGAGAGGAGAUGUGAGAGAGAAAUUGGGGAGGAUUGGCACAACAUACAACACAUUCCGCACCUGGUACCUGAUGGUGAUUUUGACGAUGAAUUUAGAACUGAAUAUGACAAACAAUACAAUGAGUACGAGGAUCCCAACAUGUGUUUCGAUGUUCCUCAAGACACACCAAAAACUUCUGAGGAUCACAGUCAAUAUUACAAUAGAGUGUUUGGGAAUAGGAGAGAUAAAUUGAAAGUUGAAAAAAUUAAAAUGAAAAAGGUACCGCUGCAAAUAAGCCAAUUUCAGUAA